AUUGACAAAUCUCUCCUAAUUGCGCAUGUGUUUAUGUGUGAGUAUUUUAACUGACUCGAAGCCUUGAUGCUACCUUUCUUCUUCAACCCUCAUGCAAAAUGACAAACGAAAAACAAUCUACACGUCACGAGUACCGGCAACUAGGUUGAAUCGAGCAAUAUUGCAAUAAUUAACAUUUUUGUCAAAAAAAUAGUAGAGCCAAAAAUGUCUAAACGAGUAGCAGCAAAACAAGAUGAUGGAGAAAAAAUUAAUGUACGAGAAAGGCUGACCGAGAACGUAUUAGAUUUGAGUCUAAUGAAUAUUUCGGUGGUUCCAGUCAACGAUAUUAAACCCCUGAAGCGUGCAACGGUUUUGGAUUUAUCAAACAAUGUAAUAACAACGAUAAACAGUGACUUUACAACACUUGUUCAGUUAACAAAGUUGGAUUUGAGUAAUAACAAAAUUAGACUGAUAGCGGAUGACUUCGGAAACUUGAUCAAUCUGCGACAUUUGGACCUUUAUAAUAAUCAGAUCGAGCGGCUUCCAUUGAGCUUCGGCCGACUGAAAAAACUGAAGUACUUGGAUCUAAAAAAUAAUCGUCUAAAUCCAGUGUUUUCCAAGAUAAUAGGGACUUGUACGGAUCAGAAGGAUUGCAUGGAAGCGGCCAGGAAAGCUGUUUCAUUUAUGGUUGAUAUAGAACAACAGGUGCUUGAGGAACGUCGAAAAGAAAAGGAACAGAAGGAAUUGGAAGCCCAAAAAAGUCUGCAGGAGAAAAGUUUACAGGAAUCUAAACAAUCGGAGAAGCCAAAUGUGGAGAAGAAAAAGAAAAAUAAAAACAAGAAGCCCAAACAGCAACAUACACACAUAACGGAAAAUGAAGAGGAUAACCGGGUUUCUAAUGAAACAAUCACCAGUAAAGCGAAACAAAUGGUUGAGAUUAACAGCAAACCAAGCAAUGGAAUGUUUGGAUGUAUGCUGAAACUGAUUGUUGGCGUUGUAAUAUUGUUUUUCGUUUGUUAUAUGCUGAAUCCUGACUUGAUUGGUGAUAUUUUUGGUCAAAACUCUUCUGAAAUACUGGAAGAAUAUAUUAAGUAAAUUGGACUCAAUAAAACAAAGACAUGUAUCAUACAAA